CGGGUCUGGGAGCCGGGACGGCCCGUCCCCGUCCCUGGCGCGUGACACCUGCCUUUGCUUCUCCACAGGCUUCACGAUGUAGCGGGGACUCCAGGCCACCACUCACAGAAAAUGGAAAGAGAGCAGGGGCCAGCAGGAAGGUGCAGGAGCCAGCCAGAGUGCAGAGAGAGGAGGGGGUGUCGCGUCCGAGUGCUGGCCUGAAGCCCACAUGCCCCGACCGGAGGAGAGACUCGCAGCCGCCUAGAGGAGAAGCCAAAGAUGUUGACCAGGAAGAUCAAGCUGUGGGACAUCAAUGCCCACAUCACCUGCCGCCUGUGCAGCGGGUACCUCAUCGACGCCACCACAGUGACUGAGUGUCUGCACACCUUCUGCAGGAGCUGCCUGGUGAAGUACCUGGAGGAAAACAACACGUGCCCCACGUGCAGGAUUGUCAUUCACCAGAGCCACCCACUGCAGUACAUCGGUCAUGACAGAACCAUGCAAGAUAUUGUUUACAAAUUGGUACCAGGCCUCCAAGAAGCGGAAAUGAGAAAACAGAGGGAAUUCUAUCACAAGUUGGGCAUGGAGGUGCCUGGAGACAUCAAGGGGGAGACGUGCUCUGCAAAGCAACACUUAGACCCCCACCGGAACGGUGAAACCAAAGCGGACGACAGCGCGCACAAAGAGGCGGCUGAGGAGAAGCAGGAGGAGGACAACGACUACCACAGGAGCGACGAGCAGGUGAGCAUCUGUCUGGAGUGUAACAGCAGCAAGCUGCGGGGGCUGAAGCGGAAGUGGAUCCGCUGCUCGGCCCAGGCCACCGUCCUGCACCUGAAGAAGUUCAUCGCCAAAAAGCUCAACCUGUCGUCCUUCAACGAGCUGGACAUCUUAUGCAACGAGGAGAUCCUGGGCAAGGACCACACACUCAAGUUCGUGGUCGUCACGAGGUGGAGGUUCAAGAAGGCGCCUCUGCUGCUGCACUACAGACCCAAGAUGGACCUGCUGUGAGCGGCGCCGCGCAGCCCCGGCGGCCGCACAGGUGGCCCCUGGGUGUGGUGUGGACCAGAUUUCUGAAUAGAGAUAUUUAUAACUUUUGUAUGCGAGAAUCCACACUCAUCGAGACACUACCAGCACCGCGUUUACACAGGAUGGAAACACUUCACAGCCCGCGCAGCGGCCCGGCGAUCCUGCUGCGGUCCCCGUCAGCCCCGAACGUCGCCGCCUGCCGGGACAGCCGCCUCCGACGCGAGCCGCCCUUGCCUGCUGUCCAGGUCUUGAAAUCUGAGUUCGUUUCAGUUCAGUUCAUGGAUUAGUUUCUUGAUAAGCCUCAGAGAUACGUGUAUUUUAUUGAAUCCUUCCUAAGUUAUUGAAAAAAUGUCUUUUCCUGGUGAAUGACGCUGUUUAUGUUGCCUUUGGCUUCCUGAAGACUCAGCGCUGAUAAAGUUUCAUUUAAAAGUGCACCCAAAGGUUUCCAUUCACACCGGCCUAGCCGUGCUGUUUAGCUUCCACCCUGUAGGACACGGGGACAGUGGCUGCCCUGGCUGUCCGCCGUGUGCCGCCGUCCCGGGCUGCGGGCGCAGUGGGGCGCCGUCCCUGCGGCACGUGGCAGGACCCCGCAGGGGCGCCGGGCCAGCUCCACGCUGCUCCGUGGGGGAGUCCUUGUUUCCACGGGUUACUCUUACUGAAAGGGACACAAAUUGUCCCGUGCCGUCAUUUGACGUGCCUUCCCGUCAUCUUGCUGCAAGGGGCGGUGGUGUUUGUGAGGCGCUGGCGGCCUGUGGGAGGUCCGCUGCGGAGGCUUGGGGUCCCAGGAGGGCCCCCAGCGGGUCGCUGCCGUCACGCUGCGCUCACGCGGCCGCUGCUCUGGAGGCCGAGAGGGCCACCGGCGGCUGCUCUGGACGAGAGGCGUUUCCCUCACAGGAGCACGGCUGCGGCCCCCUCCUCCCCGGUGGCAGUAUGUCUGCGGAAGGGAGACGAGGGCUUGGCCAGCGCGCUAGCGUCUGUCCCUCUGAGGUGGGGCCGCUGCCGUGACCUCUGCCUGGCCCUUCCGUUCUGUCCUUGUCGAGCUCUCGGGCCCCUCCCGGUCCUCUGUCCCUCCCGAGACGUCCCGGUGACCCCUGUGGUCGUCCCGUCUCUGGGGGUCCUAGGGGGUGACCAGCCACCACACAGGUUUUCCAUGAAGCGUUUCACCUUAGUGACAAGACUCUUUCCUUGAAUUUGUGUUGAAAGUUGUCAUUGGGCUCAUGGACAUUCCGUUUUGUUUUUUCUGCUUCCUGCUUCGUAAAUGCAAAGUGUCAGAAGCAGCCACUGACGAGACCCAGUCUUAGCGAGGAGGAGACAGUCACGUUGAUUCAACCCAGGUGGUUUUAAUGUCAGGCCUUUUUAGAACGUAAACACAAACACAAGUCCUUGGUCAGGAACGGGUCACACUCACCUCUCUACUGAAGCCCGCGAGCUCCCAGGACUGCUGAGCUGCUGCUCACAAGCCGCGGCUCCUGUCACCUUCAGAGCUGCCGGACGACGGCUGCCAGCAGACGCUGCCUGCGCUCAGUGGUGCCUGUCUACCUCAGAACACGCUGCCCAAGCGUCCCGCAAAGCCACCUGUCCCCACGGUGCAGUUCCCAGUAGCGUCAGAGCCCAGGUACUUUCCUGUGUGGUGAAACUAAAGAAGGAUUAAACAGUUAUAUGAGUCUCCAAAUUCAAAAUGAAUUCACAGUUCAGAUUAAAUUUAAUUUUGCUGUAAGAAUCUCAUAAUCUAUAUUUGUAACUUUGCAGCUAUCUUUGAAACCACUUGACUUUGCUAUGGUGCUAAGUUGACACAUUUAAAUACACAGAGAGGUGGGGCGAGUCGAAGCCAGUGUGAGCGUCUGCUGGGCCUGCCCGUUCUUCAGUAGUCCUGCUUUUGUAGUCGUCUUAACCUGAUGAAACCUCAGCAGCAAAAGUACCUAUUUUUCUAAAAUCUCAUCAGACUGUCUUCACUACAGGACAGUUUCCCUGGUGACCGGCCUCUCUGGUCUGACUUCGUAGCCUUACGUAGUUUAAAGACCUGCCGUCAGGUGGAAGCUCCCGGUGGGCUCGUUUAAUUUCUGUUAAGCUCUCAUGUAACAUCAAAGGCUGACUAUUAUUUUUUCCAGCAUGAAAGCCAGGAUCAGUUAGUGAUUGGAUCCUAGUAAGGAUUUUUAACAGAUGGAGUUACUGUGAAGUGGUUUCCACAACUAUUUAUGCUGGUAGAACAAGUGCUGUUAAGUUACCUUAGUGCACCUUCCUCAGCAGCAGUGGGACUGGAUACCCAGCGUAGGGUCUCACUAGAUACAGUUUUCAUGAAAAUGGAAAAUUCAGAUAGAAUAUAUAAUAUUGAAUUUAAGAUUUGGGGGGUUAAAAAAAGAAAACCUAACUUUAUAAAAUUAUUUAUUCUAUUUUAAGCCUUCUGUCAUAUUUUCCCAUCUGUUGGUCUCCGUGGUCCAGCUUUAUUUACAGGCAUAUAAAAUGAAAUUGUGAGAUGUUCUGCAAGCUUCUUUUACUUUGAGUAGCCAUUAAUUUGUAUGUUUUUGUUUUAUGUGGAUGAAGAGCAUUUCUUAUGCUUUUGUGCAAUAGGUUCCAACAUGCAUUUUACGAGACAUCUGUUCAAAUUGUAAUGUAGCAUCUGUUCUGCUAAAUUGAGGAGCAGUAUAGGUGGCAUUUCAAAUAUGUACAUUCAGCUAUUUGGUUUUUCUUUUUUUGUUGUUAUAAGAAUGCUGUUAUUGAGAUUGUGUGCGUGUGUGUGUGGAUACCUGUCAGCAAUAUUUAAAACUGAGUGUCCAGGCAGGUGGCCGGCAGUGAUGUUGGUGGCACUGUCCUAGGUUGCCCCGAGGCCACCCUGUGGGGCCACCAUGGUCCUGCCUGGGUUCUGAUCCCUCAGACCCCGUGUGCCUGCAGCCAAGCUGCCCCGGGGGCUGGGACCCCACAGCCUCAGACAGUAAGUGGACGGUGCUACCCCACCAGCCCUGCCAACCAUCAGACACUGGCCUUGGGUGCCACCCGUGGUGUUCCAGUCUUCGUACAUUCAGUGGUGUUUUCCUGAAAGUACACGGACAGCAUUUUACAAUGAUUUGACUAGGCAGCUGAUGUCUACAUUGUACAUGAAUACUGACUCUGCUGUCAAAACAUUGAAAGUAAAUUUAAUGCAGAUAGCUCAAUCACAAAAAAUCCAGUUUCUCUGUUUCCUCAGGAAAUCGUUUAAGCUCCACCACAUCACACGUGACCUUAACAUGAUAAACAAAUGUAUUUCUCUGCCUUGAUAUUUAAAUAAACUAAGUAAAUAAAUGGGAAUAAGUAGAUUAGAAAACCACCCUUAAAAUUAUUCCAUAAUCUUUACAAUACCGUGUCCCCGGCCAGGCAGGGAACAGGGUCGGCUUCCCGGGCCUCCUGUUUGGGGGACGUGCUGAGUGGCCGGAGCCGUCUUCAGCACUGUCAGGGGUGACUCAGUCGUAGCCGAGAGCAUGUCUGAAGAAUGGACUGAAGUUUGAGUGUCCCUGAGACGUGUGUGUAGCUGUAGUGCAAACAUCUGUUCCAGUAACUUAACUGAACGUCAGAAACACAUUUUUCCCCAAACGAAAGUGAUGUAGGUUAAGGGACAGUAGAUCAACCACUAAAGCCUUUAUUAUCAGCAAACGCAAACAGAUGAAGGUUAUCAUGGUUUAUGGAAGUGAUAAUGCAGAUACAUAUUUUUGACUGUUUAUUUUGAAAGUUUACAUUUUUUAUGCUUUGUGUUGGUGUGUAAUUUUUGUACUAUUGGUGACUAGUUUUUGUCUAAAAUCUUUUUUGGAAUAUUGCUUAAAUGUUUUGAUUUUAUGAUAGUGAAGCUUGUAUUCAGUGUUUUGCCAAUUAAUAUUAUAUGCUUGUAAUAAAAGCAAAAGAAAAACUUAACUAAAAA